AUGUCGAAAUCAAAACCUCUCCCUGAUAGGUUUGAUCUUCCCAAACUACCCGAUCAAAUCAAUAAUGAUAUCAUAUAUAAUCUAACUUCAGGUAUCAUCAAACCUGAUCAAUUCUCAAAGAAGAAAUUAAAAGCAAUACUACAUCUUAUAACGAUCGAAUUAAAGAAUAGAGGAGGUACAAAGACUCCUCAUAUCUUCCUCCCAUUCCGAUCCAAGAUCAAUGAUGAGAACCUCGAACUAUUCUUAUCAAAGGUAUAUCCAAAUGGUGAACUAAUCGAUAUAGAAAAUGAUGAUGAAUCAAAAGCUAUGAGAAUUGUGAAAUCAACUGAUGAUUUCACAUUGAUCUGCGCUUUGAAAUAUCUUUGGACAAGAUUACCCAAUAAUGAAAUCAUAGGUUGGGAUGUUUAUCUUGAAUUCAAAAGACGUGAACAAGAAGCUGGAUGUCCUAAGAAUGCCUUUUUAUCAAUCAUGCCCAAAUGUCUUUCUUCUCCGGCGCAUGCAUCUAUAGUAUAUGAUUUCCUUGACUUAUUAAUCAGUAUAACUUCUAAUUCUCAAUAUAAUUACUUAAGUGGUAGAAAAAUUACAAAGAUGGCAUCUAUAUGGGCUUUCAAUCCGAUGUCAAAGUUAAUUAAAUCUCCAUUUUAUGAUGCUACUGUCGAUAAGGAAUUCAAUUUUAGUCAAGGUUUAGAAUCUUGGAAGCCUUCUUCAAAUGCUUUAUUUCAUUUAUUAUUAUCAUUUUUAAGAGCCAUGUUACCAGAAUCAGAUUCCGAAACUCUUAAAUUACCCAAGACUUUACAAUCAUUACUUAUCACUAAUACUUAUCCUCCACCAGAAGAAGAUGAUGCUUUGAAAUCAAUGAUAACUAUCCCUUGUGUAUGUAUAGAAUCAACUCGUCCUUCUUCCAACCCAUAUGAAUUGAUAUCAAAGAUAAGGCACAGUUUAAGUUUUGAAAAGAAAGAUUCCUUCCAUUCAAUGGAGAAUUUCACUAUUCUUAAAAAUGUGUUCCAAAAAGGAUCCACUAAAGAAAUCGUGGAAACUUUAACAGAUGAAUCUCGUCGUGUUUUAAAUAGAUUAACUGAAGAACCGAUCGAUUCAAAAUAUGCCUUAUACCCUGGUUGGACCAGAAAUACUGUUAGUGUGGAUAAAGAUAUACCAUUAUUUUCUCAAAUAGCCGUUAAUGACGUUACUAUCCAAGAUUAUUAUAUUUGGACAUGGUUAUCUACAUUAGGAUCGGAUCAAAUCUCCCAAUUCAAACAUCUUUUCGGCCGUUCAAUUGUUAUAGAAGCUCAAUUUAAAGGAUUUCAAAAAUGGAUUAUCUUAACUGAAACCACCAUGGAUUCAAAACAAUACCUUGAACAUUUUGAUUUAACAGAUUCUGAAAUUAAUCAUAUCAUGCCUCAUAAAAGAGUGCCUUCUAAUGAAAGUUAUAAAACUAAAGAAAUGCCAUUACCUCCCUUACCUAAUGAACUUGAAGAAGCAAGUGGACCUUUACCAAAUAUUAAUUUCACAGAUGAAGAUUAUAAACUUGAUCUUGGAGAAUUUAAUGUAGAUGAUGGAGGUGAAGGAGAUGAAUAUAGACAAUAUCAAGAAUAUCUUGAUUUUAAAGAUUUAGGUGAUGAUUUUGAAGAAAAAGCUCAAAUUGUUGAUCCAAGCCCACCUCCAAGAAAUGCCAGAAGAGAGGAAAGAAGAAGACCUCCACCAUUACAAAAUUUAAAAUUAAGAAAUAAUGAUCAUGAAUUACCCCUUAUACCACCUCAACCAAAUAACGCUCAACGAGAUUUACCACCUACUCCACCUUCUGAAAGAACUGAUUUUUAUGAUAAUCAAUUUGAAAAUCAAGAUCCAUAUCAAGAUUAUGCCUUGUAUGAACAACAAAUUGAAAAUCGUAGAUCAUCAAGUCAAGUUGUUCUUCCUAGAGAUAAUAUUCCAAUUGAAACUGAUGAUGUUCAUAAAGCUAGACAAGCACAAUUACAGUCUCCUAUAAGUGAUGAUGGAGUGAAGAAAGCUCAAGAAGUUGAUCCUGAAGAAGCAAAGAGAUUGAAAGAAGAAAAGAAAAAGAAGAAACAAGAGAAGGAAAAGAAAAAGAAAGAGAAAGAACAAGCUAGAGCUAUGGCUGCCGCCGCUGCCGCAGCAGCAGAAGCAGGAUUCCCAUCUGCAAAUCAAUUCGGAUUCUUCCCUCCUGGUAUGAUGCCUGGUCCUAUACCUGGUAUGCCACCUCCACCAUUCUUUGGCCAACCUCCAACAUCUCCUACUGAAUCUACUGGAUCUACUGAAUCAGGUGAAAAGAAGAAGAAGAAGAAAACCAAGAAGAAGAGAAGUUCAAGAUCAGUAUCGCCUAAUAAGGAAAGAACUCCAUUACCCGAGGAAGAGCAAUCACAAGAAUCACAACCAAUUCCUGAACCUUAUGAAGUCAAUGAACCUAUUCAACAAAGACAAGUGUCACCUAGUAGAUCCCCACCACGUCCAGUUAACAAUGGUGGUCCUUAUCCUAAACCUGGUACUUCUCAACCACCAGCACCUCAGACACAGGGCUAUCCAGCACCAGCACCACAAGGACAUGCUCCAAAAGGAUAUCCUCCUCAAUCAUCAUAUCCACCUGCACCAGGACCUCAGGGUUAUCAUCCUCAAAGUUAUCCACCACAAGGAUAUCCACCUGCACCAGCGCAAGGUUAUCCCCCUCAGGGAUACCCUCCACCAGCUCAUGGAUACCCUCCAGCACCAGCACCACAAGGCUAUCCUCCACAAGGAUAUGCUCCUCAUCCACCUCAUGGUUAUGCUCCUCCUCCACAAGGUUACCCACCACAAGGUUAUCCGCCAGCCUCAAGACCACCACCACAAGGGUAUCCACCUCAAGGAUAUCCACCCCAACCAUAUUACCCACCACCACAACAAUACGAUCCUAAUGCUGCUGCAGGUAGUAGGAAUCCAAGUGGUCCACCACCCCAAGCCCGGAAUAAUGCUAUGAUGAUGGGUAUACCCUCUGCAUCUAAAUUUAAUAAAAAUAAAGGAAAUAAUAAAGCCAGUUUAAGAGCUGCGUUUAUCGAAGGUAGUUUUGGGAUAUAA